AUGGCAUUCUUUAAGACUUUUCAGCAAAGUUUGAACCUUCCUUCCAUGUCCUCAAUUGUUGACACUCUGAGCAGUGCCGUCGAUGAUCUCACUACUGCCGUUGAAGAGGCCAGCUACAGUGUGGCUGACUCCGUCACAGAGCAAGUAACAAAUAUAAUACAUGGUUUGCGUACAGAGGAAGAAGGAAAUAGGAACAAUCUAGAAGAGAAGACUACACAAUUAAAAGAUGAAAAUCAUGACCCACAAGAAGCUGCAAGUAAUAACUUUGACAAGAAUACAAAGUUAACCACAUUAGAUAUAAUUGCAGAUAGACCAUCUGAUAACAGGAGAGUAAGAAAACAACAAAAUGAUGAAGAAUAUACUAGUGGCAAUUCGAGUAUAAGAGACUACAAUUCACCAACACAUUAUGAAGAUGGAAACAACUUGUCUGAUUGCAGAAUCCAGUCAAAUACAUUGAUUGAUGAAAGAGGCCAGCAUCCCACUUUGAAAGGGAGGAAAUGUCAAGAUGUUCAAAAUAAAAGUAGGAAUAGGCCUAAAAAUUAUGUUGACCAUGAUCAACAAGCCAGUGAAAAUAUGGAAAAAUCCAAAAAUAUGUCACAUAAAACAUAUGAACAUCAAUAUGAUCAGAACAGUAGCACACAAGGGGCAAAAAGAACAAAACAAACAUUAUCUAGAAAUAAAAAGGGCUUUAAUGACGAGUCCCUUCAUACAGAUGUAGUAAUUUCUUCAGAUGAGAAGAAAAGGCACACAAGAAGAUCUGAACUAAGUGAUAUGCAUUCUCAAGAGGACUAUGUUCAUGUUAAUAGCAACCAAUCUCAACAUAAAGAGCAGUCACUGAGACACAAACCAAAUGCCCCCAAUGCUGUUAAACAGACCAGGGGCAAUAGGGUUAAAGAUUAUUCUUUGCACAAGGGCAGUGAGAAAUAUGCUGAGGGUCCAGAAGAAACAGACAAGAGGGCAAACAAGAAAGGAAGAGAUCGAUAUGGUUCCUCUUCAGAAAGUGACGAUGAAGCACUUGGUAAAUACCAUGAAGCAAUGACUCGAUUGCAAAGCAAAAAGUCUAGCUCAGAUAAGCAACCAAAUUACAACUGGGAAACCAGACAGAAAUACAGCCCCUUGGCUGCCGAGCAUGAGGGCUAUAGCAGCGAAGUCUCUGCAGAUGAAGCAAACUGCAUUCAGAGAAUGAGGAGGACGCCACCAUUGGAUGAACUGCAGCCCCCUCCAUACCAGGAUGACAGCGGCUCUCCUCACCUUUCAUGUACUCUCUCAGAUAUUGGGGACAGUAAAUGUGAACUCUCUCAAUGUAGCAAUAGCCCCAGAUACUCUUAUACUAAAUGUCCCAGUGAGGGAAGCACUGGGCAUGAAAUUGAAAGUUUCCAGAACAAAGUGUAUGAAGAGGAUGUACCCAGUGAUAGCACUGCAGUUCUUAGUCCAGAAAAUAUGUCAGCCAGAGGAUCAUCUUCACAGCUUCCUAAAUCUUUUGAUCCAGAGCCAGUAGCUAAAUAUGGCACAUUGGAUGUAACUUUUGACUAUGAUUCACAAGAACAGAAACUUGUAGUUACCGUGACAGCUGUUACAGACCUGCCCACUCAUAACAGGACUGGGAAUUGUAACUCUUGGCAAGUCCACCUUGUAUUGUUACCUAUGAAGAAGCAAAGGGCAAAAACUGGAAUCCAAAGGGGACCCUGCCCUAUUUUCACAGAAACCUUCAAGUUUAAUCACAUAGAGUCGGAAAUGAUUGCAAAUUAUGCAGUGCGAUUUCGACUGUAUCUUGUACGUCGCAUGAAAAAAGAGAGGAUAGUUGGUGAAAAAAUAUUCUACCUAACAAAGCUGAAUCUUCAAGGAAAGCUGUCUGUCCCUGUGGUAUUAGAUUCUGCUUACAGCAUCUCCGGUUGUGAUUCUCAAAUGAGCAUGUCAGAAAUGUCAUGCACAGAAAGCACCUCCUCCUGUCAAUCACUGGCCCACGGCUCAGCUCCCGAAAUCCUUAUCGGCCUUCUUUAUAAUGCCACCACUGGAAGACUCUCAGCAGAAGUGAUAAAAGGGAGCCACUUCAAAAAUCUGUCAGCAAACAGACCGCCCAAUACCUACGUAAAGUUAACUCUACUGAAUUCCAUGGGACAAGAAAUGUCAAAAUGUAAGACAUCCGUCCGUCGGGGCCAGCCGAAUCCCUUGUACAAAGAAACCUUCAUUUUUCAAGUAGCACUGUUCCAGCUCUCCGACGUGACUCUCAUAUUGUCUGUCUAUAAUAAACGCAGCAUGAAACGCAGGGAAAUGAUAGGCUGGAUAUCGUUAGGUCUGAACAGCUCAGGAGAUGAAGAGCUUAAUCACUGGACUGAAAUGAAAGAGUCCAAAGGACAGCAAGUAUGUAGAUGGCAUACACUGCUGGAAUCUUAA